GGGAAUGUCUGCCGGUUGGUCACGGAGAAUUUCUCGGACUAGGCAUUCCAGAAGGGCACCAAACCCCCUUGGGAUCCGCAGUCAGGCGUACGUGAUGACUGCAUACUCGGAGUUGGUGCUCAUCUUGCGGCUGACCUCUCUCGGCUGCGGGAGGUGAAGCCUAUCAAUCGAGCGAGAGGCCAGCAUGUGACCCAUCGAUUCACAGCCUCGCCACUGAAGUAAAGCAAACAAAUAGACAGAUUCAUGGUUUUUGUUUUGUGGACCCAAACUGGACAGAUAUCCGCCAAUGCGGAGCUAGACCCGAUCAAUCUUGUUGAGUGUCCAGAGGGUACAUACUUCUCUCACCAGCUUUGUUUGGAAUGUCCCUCUGGCCAUUUUUGUCCUGGAAAUGUAUCUGCGGCUCAGAGAUGCACCCUGGGAACAUUCAAUCCAUAUACAGGGAAAAGCAGCAUCAAUGACUGCAAGCCUUGUUUUGCAGGUCUGAUUACGUCUGAGGACCGUGUUGACUGCAGGCUCUGCCCAGCAGGCUUCUCCUGCGUUCCCGCCAAUGGAAGUAUCUCUUUAUGUCCUCCUGGGCAAUAUUCUCCAGAAGGGAUUCUCCAGUGUCAAACAUGUCCCAUCGACUCUGUCUGCACUUUUGGAUAUGCGCACAAGGCAAUAGAAAUGAUUAUUGUGUCUUGUCAAAUGCAUUAUUCAGUUAAAGUUCUUCCAUUUCUGACAGUGCGGGCCCGGAAAAGAGCCCAACUUGGAUCACACUGAGUGCAAAGACUGUCCUCCAGGGUUCUACUCCAGUGUUUGCACUAUUCACUGCCUUCAAUGUCCUGCAGGAAGUUACUGUCCAGACAGUGGGAUGUCCCAGCCGGUCCCUUGUUCACCUGGUUCAACUUCUACACUAGGACAGACUUCUUGCCACAGGUGUAAUGGCGCCUCCUCUGUAUGUGGGGGACUAUUAACACCCACACUGAGACAGUCAGAGCACAGGUCAAGUCAAGCCUCUGCUUGCGGACCAGGCACAUACAAACACUCGACGGAGGUUUCAGACUGUAUUGUGUGUCCAGUAGGUUAUUACUGUGAAGGGGGUGUAGCGAUACCAUGUCCUGGAGGGAGUUAUGGCCCCAAAGAUGGUCUUCAGAGGCUGGCAGAUUGCAUAAUCUGUCCCGCAGGGUUUUAUUGUCUGGAAGGCACCUCAACUGGACCCCCUCCUCAAUUCUUGUGCUCACCGGGUUUCUAUUGCGAGGAGGGCACCGCCACCCCUCAUGGGUCACCUUGUCCUGCUGGAACAGCGGGAGAACAAGUGGGUCAGACAAGUAGAGCAGCUUGCAAAAGAUGCGGCGAAGGACAAUACUGUCCUGCUGGCUCAUCAGCACCUGGAUUGCCUUGCGCUCGAGGAAGGUUCUGUCCUGCUGGCACACUGGAGGAAGUCACAUGUCCUGGAGGCACCUUCACCCCUCAUCAAGGAGCAAAAAGUUUGAAGGACUGUCUCAAAUGCCCUGCCGGUUUCUAUUGUCCUGAGGGAGCGAGUGACCCUGUGCCAUGUCUGCCAGGCUCCUUUAACCCCUUGGAGGGACAGGCAGAGUUGGCUGACUGCAGAGCGUGCCACGCAGGGAAGGCCUGCACGCAGGUUGCUCUGACGACUCCAGAUGUAGACUGCAUGCAAGGGUUUGUGUGUCCUCCUGGUUCAUCUAAACCCAAUGCCCCAACCAAUGCAUGUCCGCCGGGAACACUGAGCAACCGCACAGACCUCUCGGAUCGUUCACAGUGUCAGCAGUGUCCUGCCCGAUAUGCUUGUCUUCGAGGUACAGGUGGCGUCCACAGACCACCUCUUUCCUGCUCUGUAGGUCAUUAUUGUCCUCCUGGAACCAAAUUCCCCACCCAGUACAAAUGUCCCGUAGGCACCUGGAGUGGUCAGAGUGGAUUAGAAACUGAGAGUGAAUGCCAGCCGUGCCCGCAAGGCUGGUACUGUCUGGUGGGGUCAGGAGCACCCUCUGGCCGAUGUAACUCUGGACACUACUGUCCUGAAGGGACUGCAUAUGGCGCCCAGUUUCCUUGCCCUGCAGGCACAUAUAGCAUCCACAUGGGCAACAGACAGAAGGAAGACUGCCUGCUUUGCCCUGAAGGCUCAUUUUGUGUGGAUGGCACCUCUAAACCUGCACCCUGCCCCUCCUCAACAUUUCGGCGUAUAAAAGGAGGUCAGGCACUGGAGGACUGCUCUACUUGCCCCGCCGGUUAUUUCUGCUCCCACUCAGCCACUGUUAACCCCAGAGCGUGCGGAGCCGGCAGCUUCUCUGAUGAAGGUGCCACCGAGUGUUCUCCAUGUUUGCCUGGCCAUUUCUGCAGUAAUGAGACCACAAGUGAGGAAGCCAUGCUAAGUGUCAUGGUGUGCCCCCCAGGUUUUCUCUGCUCUCAGGGUUUGGCUCGGGACCCUCGCCGUUCUGCCACUCUCUGUCCUCGUGGCUUCUACUGCCCUGGAGGGGGCAUUGAUCCCAACCCUAUUCCCUGCCCCAAUGGGACGUACAGUGAACGUCCUGGUCUAAGUGAGGUCAAUGAAUGUGUCCCAUGUCCUGAGGGGAAGUACUGUUAUUCUCAACAGCCUGAAGAUCAUCCCAUCAUAUCACCCACUGGCCUUUGUCCUAAUGGGCAUUACUGCCCCACUGGGACUGGGUUUCUGUAUUCCUACCCCUGCCAAGCUGGACAAUACAGGAGCACUGCAGCUGGUCACAGUGGGCAUGCUUGUAUUUCAUGCCCAUCAAGGCACUAUUGUGACAGCCCAGGAAUGCAGACACCCUCUGUCUGCCCUCAGGGCUUUUACUGUCCUGAGGGAUCCUCCUCUGCUCAACCUUGCCCUGAGGGAAGCUAUGGCUCACGCUCAGCACUCAGUGAUGGGUCUGAGUGUUCUCCUUGUGGUGCAGGUUUGUACUGCAGUGGUGUGGGCCUGGCAGAGCCCUCUGGCACCUGCAAAGACGGAUUCUACUGCAGAGAAGGAGCCAAGUUUGCAACUCCAGUGGAUGGCCGGACAGGUGAUUUAUGUCCUCCAGGUAGUUACUGUCCACCAGCUUCCUCCUCUCCCAUUCCAUGCCCGUCUGGCACCUUUAGCAACAGCUCUGGUCUCAGCAGGCUUCAAGAUUGUGUCAGCUGUCCACCAGGGUUGUAUUGUUUGGGUUCAAACAACACCUCCCCCUCGGGCCCCUGCUCUCCUGGGUUUUACUGCACUGGUGGCUCUGAUUCUUCCAUUCAGCAUGAAGCAGAGCAGGGUCAUUAUACAUUAGAAAGAGCUGUAAGGCCAGAGCCAUGUCCUCUCGGAACAUUCCAACCGCUUCGAGGUGCACAGUCAUGUGUGCCGUGUCAAGGAGGGCGACUUUGCAACCAGACAGGCUUGUUCCAGCCUCCACUGUGCCCAAAAGGACACUACUGUCCUCCAGGAGCUGCUGUUGCUCUCCCCUGUCCUCCAGGAUGGUACUCUGAUGAGCCUGGUGGUGUAGAAGUGCGGCAUUGCCGGCCAUGUGAGGCAGGAUGGUUUUGCAGUAAAGCUGGCCUCUCAAACCCAGAGGGUCUCUGUGAACCUGGACAUUACUGCACCUCGGCAGCCUUUACAGCCUCUCCAGUUGCCCUGGACUCUGGGGGAGUUUGUCCUGCAGGCUAUGUAUGCCCCAGAGGGACCAAACACCCCCAGCAACACCCCUGUCCUUUUGGAACUUGGAGUAACAUUGUGGGGGCUCAAAACCUGUCCUUCUGCCAGCUCUGCCUUCCUGGGCUGUACUGUAACACAACAGGACUCACUAAACCUUCAGGGACAUGUGACGCGGGGUUUUACUGUUCUUUGGGUGCAAUGUCUCCAAAGCCUUUUGAUGGUUUGACAGGGGACAUUUGCCCCAUUGGACAUUACUGUCCCACUGGUUCAGCCGCACCUACACCAUGCCCUGAUGGAACCUACACAAACACAACAGGUGCAGAAGCAUGCAGUGAUUGCCCCCCUGGGAGCUACUGCCUAUCAGAAGAGGACAUCCAGCCUUGCCCAAUAGGUCAUUAUUGUCUUGCAGGGGGCGUAGAGGGUAUCCUGCCUUGCCCUCCUGGCACAUACAACCCUAACUUGGGCUUCAGCCAAGUGGAGCAGUGCCUCAUUUGUCCAGCAGGCUUCUACUGUGAGGACUGGGGUAUAUCUGAACCCACUGGACCCUGCCAGUCUGGUUAUUACUGCAUUGCAGGUGUGAACUUCCCAAAUCCAGAUGGGAACUACAGCACUGGAGUUGGAGGAGCAUGUCCGAAGGGAAAAUACUGCCCAGAGGGGACCAGUCUACCACUUUCCUGUCCCCUAGGCACCUACUCAGACCGGCUUUAUGUCACGGAUGUCACUGGCUGUAGUUCAUGUCCGGCAGGUCAUUUUUGUGGUACUGAAGGUCUUAGUGCACCAUCGGGAAAUUGUGAGGCAGGAUUUUACUGUCCAGGUGGAGACUCAGCAGCAACAGGCUCAGAGGGAGGUCUUUGCCCACCCGCUCAUUACUGCCUAGAAGGAAGUGCAGGCCCAGCAUCUUGCCCAGCAGGAUCUUACACAAACCUCACAGGCCAGUCGUCGUGUUCACCCUGCCCUGCUGGUUACUACUGCCCGGAGAAGACUGGCAACUUCUCCAAGUUUCACUGCCCGCCAGGGUUCUAUUGUCCAGAUGGUACAAAGCAUGCCACCCAGUACCCAUGUCCUCGUGGCUACUACAACCCUGAACCCAUGACUCAAAGUCUGGACAGCUGCCUGCCUUGCCCCCCUGGACACUACUGUGAGAAGGAGAGGCUGACUAAUGUGUCUGGAAAAUGCAAAGCUGGUUGGUUUUGCGUCUCAGCGGCAUGGAACUCGCAGCCAUUUGACCUGGAUAAUUACACAAAUGCCAACUGUCUAUGCCCCGCUACUGCCACAGGAGGUCGCUGUCAGCCGGGCUUUUACUGUCCCGCAGGUAGCCGGGAGCCCAUUCCUUGUCAGGCUGGGACUUUCUGUAACACCUCAGGCUUGGCUUUGCCGAUGGGUCCCUGUUCUGCGGGUUAUUAUUGUGAAGGAGGAGCAAUUGAAGCUAAGCCAACAGAUGGUGAAACAGGGAGCAUCUGUCCAAGUGGGGCAUACUGUGUUGAAGGAUCAGGAGAACCACAGUUUUGUCCAGCUGGCACAUUUUCUCCAUUGCCCGGUGGCACCAGCAAGACCGACUGUCAGCCUUGCACGGCAGGUUUCUACUGCGGUGGACUCGGUCUCAGUACACCAACUGGGCCCUGUGAUCAAGGUUAUUGGUGCCCCCCUGGUCAGAUUUUUGCUAAAGCUCUGCCAUGUCCACCUGGUCAUUUUUGCCUAAAGGGAAGUGCUUCUCCAGAGCCUUGUCCACCAGGGACUUACCAGGAUAGAGAAAGUCAAACGUUCUGCAACACAUGUGAGGCAGGUUACUACUGUGAUCUCAAGCUUAGUCCAGCUAAUGACUCCAUGCUGAGGCUCUGCCCAAAAGGACAUUACUGCCCUGCAGGCACACGCAUGUCUAAGGAGCACCCUUGCCCCGUAGGCUCAUUCAACCCAAGAGAGCAUGCAGACACCCUUGAGGGCUGCAUGCCAUGUCCAAGUGGACACUACUGCCCUUCGCCAGGACUUUCAGAGCCGGCAGGACUAUGCUCUGCUGGAUUUUGGUGCAAAGCAGGAGCAUCCUCUCCAACACCUUUGGAUGGACGCUCUGGUUCAAAAUGUCCUCUUGGCCAUUACUGCCCUGCAGGCGCCACUGCUCCUAUGGCAUGCCCCAUUGGAAGUUGGUCAAACAGUACUGGCCUGCAAACACACGAGGACUGCCAAACGUGCCUUGGAGGAUUUUAUUGUAAUAGAGUUGGGCUAACUUCCCCUAAUGGACGCUGCAUUGGAGGGUAUUAUUGCCUUGGAGGAGCUGUAACACCCACCCCUACUGAUGGAAUAACAGGAGGACCUUGUCCUGAAGGUUCCUACUGCCCUGAAGGAACUGCUGAACCAAUACCAUGUGAUCCGGGGACAUAUGCUGUCAUUACGCAUGCCACUCAAUGUGAGCCCUGUCUUCCAGGCUGGUACUGCGUGAAUGGCACCUUGCAUCUGUGCCCUCCAGGUUUCUAUUGCCCUAAAAAAAGUGGUUUUGACUUGAGAAGCUGUCCAGAGGGAACCUACGGUCCUGAACCGGGGUACUGGUCUGUCUCUCAGUGCAAGCAAUGUGAUGGUGGCCAUUACUGCUCCUCCACAAAUGGCACAGCUGUCAGCGGAGAGUGUCAGGGUGGAUAUUACUGCUCACGCGGAAACACUGUUCCUCGGCCCGUUUCGCAGGCUAUAGGGGAGGGGGGGCCUUGUCCGGUCGGACAUUAUUGCCCCCCGGCCAGUGUCCAACCUCUGCCAUGUCCUCCUGGUACUUUCUCUAACCUCACCAAAUUAACCUCCCAGGCGGAUUGUGAGCUAUGCCUCCCUGGUUACUACUGUGACGCUGCGGGCCUCUCGGCGCCAUCCGGAGAAUGCUGGGAAGGUUUUUUCUGCGUCAGGGGUGCAGUUAGGCCUGAUCCAUCUUCGGGAGAAGACGGCGGAGGACUAUGCCCGAAAGGUUAUUAUUGUUCUGAGGGCUCUGCAGCUCCUCAGCUAUGCCUCCCGGGAACCAUCAGUACAGAGGACGGCCGUGCCAGCUGCAUCGCCUGUCCUCAGGGGUUCUAUUGUCCUGGAAGCAAUAAUGCUUCAUUCUAUGAGUGUCCAAAGGGUCAUUACUGCCCAGUUGAAACUUGGUCCAAAUUCCUUCACCCAUGUCCAGCUGGUUCCAUCAAUCCCUUUACUCGAAUGGCUCAGGCCCAGGACUGCCUACCAUGUCCGCCAGGUUUGUUCUGUGCGUCACAUGGGUUGGCUGUUGCAUCAGGCCAGUGUGUGGCUGGUUAUUACUGCUCCUCCGGUGCUUGGUCACCCACACCGGCUGAUGACGGUUUGACAGGUGACCGCUGUCCUGAGGGCCAUUAUUGUCCCCAGGGCUCCUCCACUCCAUUUCCUUGCCCCAUGGGAUAUUACAGCAACCGAAGCGGGAACAGUCAAAUAUCUGACUGCCUGCCUUGUCCUCGAGGGUUUCUCUGCACCACCAGAGGGCUCUCUUACCCUUCUCUCAUUUGCACAGAAGGGUCCUUCUGUCCAAGCUUCAAUACAUCAUUACCUUGCCCUCUUGGACACAUGUGUCCAUAUGGAUCUCACAGACCAGUACCCUGCUUGCCAGGGACCUUCCAAAAUUUACCAGGGCAGGCUGUGUGUGUUACAUGCCCAGCAGGAUUUUACUGCGCCGACUUCAUGAAUGUCGAAACAGGCAAUAUUUCUAGGAGCCGCACUCCCACGCUGUGUCCUAAAGGACACUAUUGCCCACCAGGGUCACAGUCUGGUGUAGCAUUCCCGUGCCCGCCUGGUACCUUUAGUGGCCAGAUGGGCUUGUCCAGUGAGCGGGGCUGUGAAUUCUGUCCUCCGGGAGCUUACUGUGCCUCUUCUGGACUGGAAGCCCCUAGUGGGCCCUGCUCUCCUGGUUACCUCUGCAUCCACCGGUCUGUCUCUGCCCAACCUGAGGAUGGACCAACUGGGGGUCGCUGCACUGCUGGUUAUUAUUGCCCACAGGGUACCAAUGUUAUGGUUCCAUGUCCUGCUGCUACUUUCAGCCCCAUAGAAGGUGCAAUGUCUAUCAGUGACUGUCAGGUUUGUUUGCCUGGUCACUAUUGUGCCCAGGUUGGCCUCCCAUCCCCAUCUGGACCCUGCAAGCCUGGAUUCUUUUGCACAUCGGGCUCCAAAACUGCAACCCCUUAUAGUAAUAUCACAGGCAGCGUGUCUCCAUCUGCUUCUCCAGGUCAAUCAACGCACGGUCAGUUCCAUGGGGAUGUGUGCCCUGCUGGCUACUAUUGUGUUGAAGGGAGCACAAAACCAAGCCCUUGUCCUCCAGGCACUUUCCAAGGGAGGGCUGGAGCUGAGUCAGAGGCUGACUGCGAAGCUUGCUACCCAGGGUCCUAUUGCCCAUCCUGGGGACAGACCUCUGUUGACCUCCAGUGUCCUCCAGGCUGGUUCUGUCCAUUGGGUGCAGUAUCUGCACAUCAGCCAGGUUUUCAGUGCCCACCUGGCCAUGCGUGUCCAUAUGGAAGCGCUAAACCAUUCAUCUGUGCCCCAGGAUCUUUUCAGUCAUUUUCUGGUCAAUCUGCAUGCAACAGUUGUCCACCAGGGUUUUACUGCAAAGAGGGUUCAUUUGGGCCAUCGCCCUGUCCAGAGGGCACUGUUGGUCCAUCACCCGGCAUGACGUCCCUCAGUGAUUGUACACCUUGCCCCCGAGGCGCCUUUUGCAAUAGCACUGCUCUGAAAGAGCCGUCUGGAUCCUGCAGCCCAGGAUAUUUUUGUAUACUAGGGUCCUGGGAGCCAUCCCCCAUCUCCCAACCUCAUGGAGAUAUUUGCCCCCCUGGACACUUCUGUCCUCCUGGUAGUGAAUCACCUACACCCUGUCUUGGUGGCAGCUUCCUUCCUGAACCCGGUGCUUCCUCCUCCAGUCAGUGUCGCCUCUGCCCACCUGGAAAAUACUGCCUUGGUCCUGGAGCCUCACAACCUACCGGCUUGUGUUCGGCGGGGUUCUUUUGUACUGAAGGUGCGGGCAGUCCAGCGCCACGAGCCAACACUUUUCAGUUCAGCUGUCUUUAUGAAAUACUUCAAGAAUUAAAUAUAGAAAAUACCCCUUGGAUGUACAACAGGUUAUCACUCUUCAACAACUCCUACAAUACUGAAGGAGACUCCGAGUCGGUCAAAUUGGAUACACAACUGGAUUCCUACCAUAAUGUGACUUACUCAACGCUACACCUCAAGAGUCCACGUCAUGGGAAAUGUACUGCCUAUACAGGAGACAUGUGCCCUAAAGGUUUUUAUUGUCCUCGGGGUUCUGCCUACCCCCGGAUUUGUGAGACUGGCUUGUACUGCAACCAAACUGGUCUUGAAGCUCCAGUUGGACCAUGUGCUGCGGGUUACUACUGCCCUAAAGGUUCUGAAGACCCCCAUGCCAGCCUUUGCCCAGCAGGUCACUACUGCCCUCUUGGAACAAUUCUUCCUCUGCCCUGCCCUAAUGGAACAAUGCAAAGCUCUCGCGGCGGGUUCUCGGUGGAGUCGUGUCAGCCGUGUCCUCUGGGUCAUUACUGUCACCAGAGAGGCUCAACUGAGCCAAGUGGUCAGUGUUCCGUCGGCUACUACUGUCCUGCCGGACAGCGCUCGGAGAGGCCACAACAGCAUAUUUGCCCGAUGGGACACUACUGUGAGAAGGGCAGUGUGGAACCAACACCUUGCCAGCCAGGCAGCUACCAGCUCAAACAGGGUCAGGGCAGCUGUGAUACCUGUCCUCCUGGUUUUUACUGUCAAGGAAUUUCCUCUCCACUUCUGUGCGAGAGAGGCUUUUACUGUCCAAGUGAAUCAGCAACUCAACGCCCCUGCCCAGCAGGCUCCUAUGGAAAUGUGACGGGCUUGAUUGAAGAGCGGCAGUGCUCAUUGUGUGACCCCGGAAUGUACUGCCAAGGAUCAGGGAGGACUUUUCCCAGUGGAUUAUGUGCUGCGGGGUUUGUUUGUGUUGGAGGAGCCUUUGAACCCUUCCCAAAGGACAAUGUUACUGGCUAUUUGUGCCCUCCUGGAUUUUUCUGCUCUUCUGGGAGUUUUGUACCACAGCCUUGCCCCAAAGGAACAUUCAGUGAACAGAGUGGGCUGUCGGAUGAAUUUCAGUGUCGCAGUUGCAGCCCGGGUUUCUACUGCUCAGAGACAGGCCUUUCAAGGGUGUCUGGACCUUGUCUAUCUGGGUUCUACUGUCUCGAGGGAUCUCAAUCUGCAGCACCAAUGUCAAGUGUAUCUGGAGGUGCUUGUCCAGCAGGUCACUACUGUGCAGAGGGAAGCAAUGUUCCCUCACCUUGCCCGGCUGGCUCCUUCCGAAAUGAGACUGGAGGAAAAGGCAAAGACGACUGCAAGCUUUGCCAACCAGGUUUCUAUCAGGAGUUAUCAGGCCAGACUGACUGUAGACGGUGUCCUUCCGGAUUCCUUUGUGAGACCCUCAGACUAAGCCCAACCAGGGGGAGCUCUUCUGUAUUUUCCAGCCCUCUUCCGUGCCCUGCUGGUUUUUUCUGUACCACGCAGAGUAAAGACGGCCAGCCUCUUCCCUGCCCCAAAGGCACAUAUGGACCUAGCCAGGGUCUCACCUCUGAAGGUGAGUGCUUAGCAUGUCCUGCAGGACUAUUCUGUGGUUCUGAAGGUUUAGUCGAACCUUCUGGAUGGUGCGCAGAUGGUUUUCUUUGCCAGAUGGGGGCUUCGCUUCCAAACCCAACUGACAACAUUACUGGGUCUCUUUGUCCUCCUGGUGUUUUCUGCCAACGGGGGCUUAAAGCAGGUGACUGUUGGCCUGGGUUUUAUUGUGACUGGGGGUCAAACCGGGCGGAUCAGACUCUCUGUCCUGCUGGUUUCUUCUGCCCUCGUGGAACACCAGCCCCUAUUCCUUGUCCUGCAGGAACAUUUAGCUCCUUUACAGGCAACUCACACCUGAGUAACUGUACUGAGUGUGCUGCCGGAUACUACUGUCAAGAUAAAGGUACUGUGCAGCCCACACUGUGUCACGUUGGAUAUUACUGUCCACCUGGAAUGGCACAAGGAGUGGGCUUCCCCUGUCCAACUGGAACUGUUCAGAACCAACUUGGAGCCUCAAGCCUUGAAGCCUGCCAACCAUGCCCUGCUGGAACGUUUUGCUCUCAGCUUGGUCUUUCGCAGCCCACAGGAUUGUGCGAGGCUGGAUAUUAUUGUCUCACUGGCUCAACCAACUCAAACUCUUCUGAGUAUCAGAGUAAUUCGUCCAGAAGCCAUCUUUGUCCCUCUGGCUACUAUUGCCCCGCUGGAACGGAAAAUCCAAUUCCAUGCCCUGCAGGCUCUCUAUCUUUUUCCGGAGGUCUAAAAGGGGUUGAAGAGUGCCUUCCUUGCCCCCCUGGACGGUUCUGCGAUAGAGCAGCAAGUAAAGAGCUCUCUGAUGCUCACCCAUGUUAUGCCGGAUACGUUUGCCUCGGCGGCAGCCCCAGUCCUACCCCGUCUGACGGUUCCCAUGGCUACCCAUGCCCUGCCGGCCACAGCUGUCCUGUUGGCUCAGCCAGAGAACUGCCAUGCGUGCCUGGCACUUACAGCCCGACAUCCGGAGCCGCCGAGUGCUUACUAUGCCCUCGGGGAAUGAUGUGCUCCUCUUUAGCCACCCUGGAGCCUGUCAUCUGCCCACUCGGUCACUAUUGUCCUGUUGGAACAGCCCUCCCUCAAGCUUGCCCUUUAGGGACGUUCAACAAUCAGACAGGUGCACACUCCCACUCAGUCUGCAGAGCUUGUCCUCCUGGAUUUUAUUGCGGCACAUAUGGAGCCUCAUCACCCCAAGGUUCUUGUUUGCAAGGCUUUUCCUGCCAAAGUGGAGCCAUAGGACCAACUCCACAGAACUCCGAUAACUUCCCCGAGAAUGGGCCUUGCCCUUCAGGUCACUAUUGCCCAACUGGGUGUCUCUCUCCAGUUCCUUGCCCUCUUGGCAGCAUCCGCAACACUACCGGUGGUGUGUCAAAGGAGAGUUGCUAUAGUUGUCCUGCAGGUCAUUAUUGCUCUGCUGAGGGUCUUGCCAGCCCAAGUGGGCAUUGUGCGGCUGGUUUCUACUGUCCUUAUGACUUCUCUUCAACCACUCCAUUUUCCUUCCUGUGUCCUAAAGGCCACUACUGCCCACAAGGUUCCGCCUUUGCCUUGCCAUGCCCCAGAGGAGAGUACCAACCAAAUCCAGGCUCAGACAACUGCAUCCCCUGUCGACCCGGCUUCUUUUGCGAGGAGGCCAUCGAUGGAGAGCCUCAAAUCUGUCCACCACAUUCCUUCUGCCCAGCAGGUACCAUGGUGCCGCAUCCAUGCCCUAAUGGGUCAUACAGUGAUCCAAACAAGAGAGGACUACACGAGGCAAGAGAAUGUUUAUCCUGUCCCCCAGGAAGGUUCUGCAGAGCUGGUAGGAUACAAGGCAUGUGUGCAGCAGGGUAUCUGUGUGUUUCUGGGAGUGCAGAUUUCACACCUCAGGGAUCAAUACCUGACCCGACCCUGUGUCAGUGGGGCAUGCAAUGUGCUGGACCAUGUCCACCAGGCUUCUACUGUCCUGAAGGAACAGAAAAGGCUGUGAUGUGUCCUGGAAACACCUUCAGAAGUAAUCAUGGUGGUGCAAGUGCACAAGACUGUUCAGCAUGUCCAACACGGCAUUGGUGCCAACCUGGGGAACCAAGCCCUCAUCUGUGCCCUGCUGGCCAUUACUGUAACGCUUUUCCCAGAGGUGACAGUAAUGGAUGGAGCGGACCCAAGCCGUGUCCUGUGUACACUUAUCGUGCCUCUCCGGGUGCAGGCAGUAAGAGCGACUGCCUUCCCUGCCCUCCUGGUUCCCAUUGCAACAGCACAGGGCUUGCAGACUAUUCCAACAGCCCCUGCCCACCUGGAUUUUGGUGCACUGGUUACGGCCCGCCCAUUUUCUGCCCAGCGGGCACAAAGAGGAUGCUUCCUGGUGCUGCUGAACCCAGUCAAUGUGAACCUUGUGCUCGGGGGACCUAUUGCCCAGACCCCCUGGCAAUGGGGAAGCCCAAUGUGGAGGGGAUACCGUGCAGGGCCUCUUAUGAAUGCUCCAUCGGUUCUGUCGUGGAGAAGUUGUGCAGAGCCGGAUCAUACUGUGAGCCACAGGCUGCUGAGCCUCAAAUCUGUCCGGCAGGUUAUGUUUGUGCAGCAGGGUCACAAUCCUACAAUCUCCCUGAACAACUCUGUCCAUUUCCCUUCUACUGCCCAGCCAACAGCUCUUCAAUGAAGUCCUGUGAUGGAGGUUCAAAGCCUGUGAACACCAGUGGGCUCAGAGGAUCCAAAAACUGCUGCUGCAGUGUAUGCGAGGGUGGCACCUAUCGACCCUACCUAUCAACUGUUUUAGAAUGCCUGCCAUGCCCUCCAGGAUACUUUUGCCCGCCAGGCACGGAUGAGUACGAAAUCAACCCUUGCCCGCAGGGGUAUAUAUGUCCUUCUGGAUCCACACGGCCGACACCCUGCCUCCCUGGCUCAUUUGGCAACAUGAGCCAGGCUAAAACACUUGCAGAUUGUCAUCAGUGUCCUGUCGACACCUUCAACCAUCUCCAUGCACAGAGUGCUUGCUUCCCUUGUGGCAGCUCCUCCACUUCGCCACCAGGUUCGUUUUCUUGUACCUGCAUUGGAAAAAAUCGUGCUUUUCAUCGCUCAGAUGGUGCAUGCUUGUGCAGAACUGGCUUCAUCUUUUAUAAUGAGCUGGAUUUCAAAAGCUCUACUUCUGACAGUGCAAUGGACUGCCAGCCUGAGUUGUAUAGGCGGUGCGCUCUAGGGCAGGUUAGGCUCGCAGCCUCCAGAGAGUGUGUAUCACCUUCCUUUUAUUCCUGUAAUUUAACAUGUGGAGCACAUGGAGGAACUUUGGAUGUGGAGAUGGGCAUCUGCCGCUGUCAUAGAUACGUGACUGCUGAGGAGCUGUGCGACACUUCCUGCCUCUACAAAAUGCCUCAGCUCUCAGCCCGUUUCUCCCCAAACGGAUAUCUGCUGCUCAGCAUCUUAGAAGGAGAUAGCACAAUGUGGGCGAAAACUUUAAUGGAUGUUUUAGGACCAGAUCCCCAUACAAAUGAUAUUGGAAAAAUCCAUUUGGUUCAGUUUGACUCUCAAGGAGUGUUUGGUUGGAUUCCCAAACAGUUAGAGGAUGUCGAAAUUUUUCUCUCCGAAUCAGAAGCUGUCUUACCUCCAACACGGAGAAAGAGGGGAACCACAGGAGAUCAUGAGGAAGACUUACCUGUCAGUCCUCGUAUCCCAAACCCGAUUGCCUGUUUGUCCACUGGUGACAUGCUAAUUUUCCAUUUAACCAUAAACCACACAGAUCGCAACCUUAGCCACUUUCCCGUCUAUGAGAAAGACCACUUGUUUAACAGUAACCCCAGCUGGGACUUUGGGGUAUUCAGACGUGUGCGGACACUUGUCAAACAGUCAAAUCUGAAUAACAGUUGGUUUGCCCAUGCUUUUUACGAAACGGGGAAAUACGUAUUUGUGGACAGCACUGUCCCGGAUUGGAGUUUGGUGGUAGUGGUGAGUGAAGAUGGGACAGAGUGUAACCCACGGGCCUCAGCCUUCCAAGCCAUGACCCCAGAACAGCUUGUAAAAUACGGAGUCAUCAAGCAUCACCGACUAAACCAUCUACCAGAGUGGGGAACAAUUGCUGGCCUCCUGAGUGCGCUGUUAGUGGUCGUGGUGGCUGUGACCAUAACAGCUUUGGUUGUUUGGCCCAGCAAAGCCAAGUUAGUCUAUCAGGGGAGGACAAAGCCCAAGUGGCGCAGCCUUGGUGACCCCCCUCAUCCUUUGGAAUGCCCAUGCAGUGGAGACAGCUUGUGCGGCUCUCCACGCAUUAGAGGUGUGGGAGAGGGAGCUGAAGCUGAGGAGCCUGUUAUCUCAAAAGGUGGAAUUUCGUAUGCGUGUUGUGAGUUGGAGGAGUUCAACGUAAAGACAUUGUACGACAAACUGGAAGAUCAGAACCUGCAUGUGGCCUCCCAGUUAGCGCGGCAUCGUAAAGACACGCAAGAGUUUUAUCGGCGCAUAGGCCAACAGGUCGAUGGCAUCCAGAAUGUCUUUGAGAACAUGGAUGGGGAAAAGCUAAGCCUCCUUAAACAACUGAUUGCUUCUAAGAAUGCUUUGAGCGAUAAACCAUACAACAAUACUGUUAAAAAGUUUAAUGAUGAAGCUAGUGAAUCCACAGCAUUACUGGAAGCCGUUUUCACAUCCGUGGAGGCCCUUUUAUGUAAGCUGAACCGAAAGUCCCAGCAGAUCCAGGAUCAGCCAUCUCUUUUACACAUCCGCAGCCAGGCUACUGAUGCCAGGGAACAUGAAAUGCAAGCUCAUCUUUGUAAAAACAAUACUUAUCAGGUGACAUCUAUGGAUUUGACCCAAACAGAAGCACUUACCCAUCAUGAAAUCCAUUCACAGAGCAAGGAUCCUUAUCUAAGUGAUGUGGAUUUAUCCAAGCUUGUCAUCAUAUCUCCCUUGUAUAAAACCCUACAAGAGAUUCACCAAUCCCUUCAGAAUCUUACCUCAGUUGAUUGCAGUCAGCCUAUUUUCGAUGUGAGAUAUAAUUCAUCCCAAGAGAACUCUGAAGUGCAACUCAUUCCAACUGCGCUGGACAGCCUCUCGCCUCAGCAUUCUGCUGUAUUUCUAUUUGGUCGUUGGCUGGUGGAGCUGCUUGAAAAAUGCCUCCUGUUCCCCUCAUCCGUGCUCCUCAUGCUGACCAAGUCUUUCCCACUUUCGCCACCGUGCGCUGAUAACAGCUUGCUGGCGCAUUGCCAGGAGGACUUUUAUUUUGACGUCAGCCAUCAAGUUCUUUAUCUGUCUGAGGCUAAGCUAGAGCAUGUUGGAAGUUUUAUCGCCACCAUUCUGCAAUCCAUGGCUCACAUAGCAUCAGGAUACAGCAACAAAAGCUUCAUGCAAGCUCUUCAUGAUGCCAUCUCGGCCCUAAGUCUAGAACUAUUCAGCAUGUCUUUCAAACAGAGCACAGCAGAGGGUGCACUGGGCGAGGAAUUUAUCAACAUUAAAGUUCCCAAAGGCGUGCACUUCACUGAGCAUCUAUUAGCUUCAAGAUGGGAGAAAUACAAGCAUUCCAUGUUAGAACAGCUCCUUGUAAAUCUCACUCCAAGUACAAAUGAGGAGACGGCCCUACCAGCAUAUGGGACUCCAAUGGAGGUGUCCUUUGUGGAAGAGGAGAUAGACCGAAUGAAUGAAGCCUUCUUGGAGCUAAGCAUGCAGCUGCAGAGGAGGCCUCUUGUGAAUGUGUUGGAAAAACAGGAAGAAGACCAGUCUAUGAGGGCAGCUCCGCCAAGCCCUAGUCGUAAUGGAACAAUCCUGUUGGAAAUGAAGAGACGCCAUGUAUCUCAGCGCCUCAAUGAGCUCCAAAUCACAUUGGAGCGUAUCGGGCAGCGCCGAGGCAGUGGGUCCAAUGCCGGUACACACAAGUGCAACAGCAGCGAUCAGCAGGUGCCAGCGGAAAGCCACUCUGGCAUGUGAUUCCUCCUGAGGUACUCCAGUUGGCUGCAGUUGAGGCCAGCAACCAGUUGAGACAGAGGUCUUGAUAAGAGUGACCUUGAGAGUCAUAUUUCAGCACAACAAAUGAGUGCUAAUCUCCAGAGUCCAAACUUUGACACGCUACUGAACUAGCAGAUGCCACAGAGUCCACACACAUUACAUAAUAGAAAGCACAGUUUUCAAAUACACACCGCAGAAAGAAUUGACCACUUUCUGAUCCAAUAUCUAACAAUUGAUGCACACUGACUGUUUCAUUUUUCUUAGUCUUAUCCCCGACAACUGACAAGAAUUAUGCAGUGCUUGACCUCCUUAGCAUUAUUUGCACCUGGCCAACCAAUUGUACACGUACUGAGACAAAAAUAAAACACUAAUGGGCAGCAUGCUGGGCUAGUGGUGAGAACACCAGAGAAAGGGUAAUGGAUGGAAUGGAAAUACUAAAUUAAAUAAUCCUUUCAUUUUCUCCCACUUUUCCGAGCUUGGGUCAUAGUAUACUGUACAUGUAAAAUGUAAUGAAAAAAAAAUAGUAUUAUGCCUGUCAAGUCAUGACCAUAAAUGUAAUUUUUCAAGUAUAAAAUCUUCAUAAUGUUAACACUACGAGCUGACGGACAAUAUGGCGCAAAGGCGUGGUUGUGAUGUCAUGUGAGUGGGGUCUAUUACUUAAUGAGACAAUGUCGUGGCGUUAGCAGUACAAUGACAGUGACAUUUCAUUUCAGUGCAAACUUGAGUUAAGUGAUUAUAUUUAAAAGGAAAAUUACCAGGGAGAAAAAUGCAUGAGAAGAAAAAUCUGACGAGAAAAAAAAGUUGAAAAAAAAUUGCUUUAGAAGAAUAAAGUUUUAAUAUUAACAUAAAACAAAUUGUUUAAUUUUGCUAGGGGAAAUUACAGUAUGAGACAGUGUUUGUACAAGACUCAAAAAGUAAGUAUUUUUCCAUUUUGAGAACAAAUUGCUAAAUAUUUUGAUAAGCGCUGGACCAAAUUAUUUGAAUUGGCCAUUUAUUCAACGGACGAUAGAUGAUUUCAGACACAAGUGUUUUGAGUUACGAGCGUGGUCACUGGACACAUUUUAAAAAAUCCAACUCGUUACAACACUGUAUUUGAAUAACCUUUAAUUUCAGGUUAUUAAUGCUCUUGCUCAAAUAGUUGAUAUCGACUUGUUAGAAAGGCCAAUCAUUUGUAUACCCUAAUUAAGACAAUAAACUUCAACCAAAUAGACAUGAAAUGGUGCCCUGUGCCUCUUUGUUGUUCUCUAAAGGGUGAUGACCUGCAUAUGUUCAUGUAUAAUUAAUAAUUCCUUCUACUUGUUGGAAGGAGCCCUCAUUAGCGCCAAUGUUAUCAAAGGGAGAACAGUAGGCCUAUAUGUCGUUCCUCUGGUGACAUAUGUUCCUGUGACGGCUUCUCAUAAUAGAACAAAGGUGUCUGUGAGCCAAAUCACAAGGUCAGACAGAGCGAGUCUUCACUAACUAUCAGUAGCCACGUUUACAUGCUGACUUUUAUUCAUACCGAUUCAAAUCAUUCCGAAUGGAAAUUUCAGAUCAGCUGUUUACAUGUCACUUCAUCUAUUCCGAUCCAGCGUUUACAUGUGACUGCCUUUAUUCCGAAAGGACGUUUGACAACUGCCGUCUGACAUGCGCAGAUUAAUCAAAACAAAGCGUCACGUUGCAAAACAUGGAGAUCGAUCGUCGGAGUGCUGCUGUUUUAACUUUAACCCACUUGUUGUGUUUGUGGGGUCGUAUCCGCUUCUGCUGUUUUGCUCUUUUGCCUUGUAGUAGCCGGUUUUCCACCGGUUUCUAAUCUGGUCAACGAUCCGGUCUAUUCCGGCUUCGUGUAACCUCUCGUGAACUUUUUUAAAUAGUUCACUGUUCCUCGUUUUACGCCCGUCUAAGCGAGCGAUUAUAUUCAAUUCUUUUAAAGUUUGAAUUAAAUACAAUCUUUCCGCCGGACUCCAAUUAGGUGCGCUGUGCUUGGAAGCCAUGUUGCAAGUGACGUUACUUACGUCACAAAGUGACGUCACCACGUCAGUACGAAGCAUGUGCAGAAAGAACGCAACUAGACACCAUUCCGCUUCCCUGUUUACAUGAUAUAAUUUUACUUCUAAUCGGUUUGGGAAAAGUUAUAUUCCACCCAUGUGAAUCGGAAUGAAAUUCCAUUCGGUUUGGGCCUGUUCAUUCCGAAUGAGGUGUUUAUAUGGAACACAUUUAUUCGGUUUGAACAAAUAUUCCGAUUGUAAUCGGAAUAUUUGGCUCCAUGUAAACGUGGCAAGUGUUUGCUUGCUGUUCUCUGCCAGACCUACCUUGCCCUACAGCAUGGGUGUACAAACCUGUCCGCAAGGGCCGCUGUGGGUCCUGGUUUUUGUUCCUACCAAUCGAGCACAGACAGUUUAACCAAUGAAGUUUGUGCUAAAACAAGCAGCACCUGACUGCAAUCAACUGAUUAGACUUCUAAGACACCAGAUUGGUGAAAAGAUGUCAUCUUGUUUUGUAGGAAUGAAAUCCAGCACCCACUGCCGCCCUAUGUGGAAUAAUUUGGACACCACUGCCCUACAGCUUUACGUGCAUGGCUACCUAUGGUACAUUUAGAACAAUACCUCAGUAUGUCACUGACAGUGUUGUUAAUCUUACUGUAAAAAAUUAAUUACAGUUACAAAUUACUUCUCCCAAAAAUUGAGUUAGUAACUGUGACCUCAACGUAAGAGUAAUUAGUUACUCGGCAAAGUAUCUGAGGUUACUUUUCAUGUUCUACACUAGUGUUGUUUUCGUCAACGAUGACGAUAAUGAAAAUAUUUCGUCAACGAUGACAAUAACGAAAAUUUUUAGUCAGUGAAUAAUUUUUUCAUGACGAUGACGUCACGAUGAUGCGCUGAAAACGUGUUUUGGGAGAUUAAAACAUUACGAGAUGGAUGCCAGGUAUCGUCUGACGACACGAGAACGAGAUGAAAAUUCCCCAUAGUUUCCGUGAUAAAUUCACAAUGUGUGAUAUUUUCUUUUUGUAUGUGUAGUAAGAACGCAUUCAACAGUGUUUGGUCGUGUCACUCAUGUGACAUGCUGCGACCCCCCCCCCCCCCCCGCCUCACACACACACGCUUACUCACCAGUAUGCCCGUGCCUAUUCCAGGCUUAUUUUGUGAAACGUAUCAUAUGUGUCAGGUGCUGCUUGGUAGGUUUUGCUUUCUUAUCUUGGCUGGAUAUGCCAUGUUGCUUUAGCCUUUAAAAGUCUGUGCUGAGUGAUCAUGACACACUAAACCAACUUGUAGUGUUAGCAUAGCGUCCGCGUGAGCAUUUACAGUGGUAACUCUGUGUCUUCUUAAACACUUGGAAAACAUUUUGAAUACAGUUCAUAGCAUCCAGGUGAAUUUAAUUGCAAAUAAUGUGCUGUUUUUCUGUUGAGUGUGUUAUAUCAUCAUGAAAAUUGUGAAGUCCUCGUAGAUGUCAAACUAAGAUUACGAGGCAGACUCAGCUGCGGAGUUCAGGCAAAAAACUUUUAUAGGUCAGACAAAGGUUCUUCCAUUUGCAUGCAGGGAUGAGGAAAAGAUCAAACAAAAAGCCCUCCAAAUGGAGCAAAGAAACCAAGACGACUGGUAUCACUGUGAAACAAGCCUGACGCGAGAGUCAUGGGUUGUAAAACACUUUGCACAAAACAAAGGAGACUCAGGCAAUAUAUACACAUGAGGUAAUGGGGAACAGGUGGAAACAAUAGGCGAUUAUGUGACAUGAGGAAGGGCAAGUACACAGACACGAGGUGGGUGAAGCCUUCAAAAUAAAACAGGAAAUGACCUGACAUGACAGUAGACUACAGUUAUGUGCUCAUCUGUCAUGUUCAUUCGAAAUUGUUGGAAACCUUUGUUUAAAUUAUUCAUGGACUAAAACUUUUGAUGUUUAUAGACAAAAACAUUUUGAGAGUUGUCGACUAAAACUAGAUAAAAUUUGUCUGAGUUUUCGUUGACUAAAACUAGACAAAGACAAAAACAUUUUGAAAUGACUAAAAUAUGACUAAGGCUAAUAAGUAUUUUCGUCCAAAAGACUAAGACAAAAAUUAAAAUGGCUGCCAAAAACACUGUUCUACAUGUUAUGACAUGAUCCAUUCUAUAACGUUUUUCACAUCAAAUAUGUUUAUAUGAACUGAUUGAAUUGAACUGUCUUUUUGAUUAAAAAAAAAAAAAAAAAAAAAAAAAAACAAA